CUCAGCAUCUAACGGUGCUCAGCCGACUUGUCAUUGACUUCUGGUAAACCGGCGCCGACACCGGCACCGGCGUGCCUUGGGGUUGCCUUUAUCGCCGUCAACGUUGGUUCGGACAUAUCCCGCACCAGCCCGUUGGUACCAGCAUGUUUGUACCACCCUUGUAGGCAUUGCUGGAACACUUGUACCAACCCGGCCAAGGCCAAAAACUGCAUGAAAGUAGCGGAGUUGUUGGUGACUGGGUUACCGCCCUGCUGGUUCGAGACUUGGCCCUCAGUAGUACCAUGUACUCCUUAUGUCCCUCCGUUUCUCUCCUGUGGUUUGUCUUUCUCCCUGUCGUUCACACCGUCUUCUGCCUCGUCCCGUACUGGCGGCCUACAAGUGCUGCAUGCGACUGGCUGGCCUGCGUACCAUUCGUCGUCUGCGGCCUGGCGGUGUUGGAAACAUUUCCCUUUAUGCUGUCUACUGGCUGUACUAAGUUGACGAAUACUUACGCUCGAUUUGUCCUACGAAGCCUAGCAGUCUCGCUCAGCUGUUACGCAGCUCAUGCCGUAGGGUCCUAUGGUCAGAACAUACCUUGUCACAACGCAUAUGCCGCGACUGGUUUCUCUAUACAAGGUCUUCGAUUGACUGAGAAGGGAGCCGGCAUCCUUCGGUUGCUUGGCCUCGUGCCAGUCUAUUGAGAGCAUCUGGUAGUGGUACUCCCAGUCUCUCGUGUCGCCACAGCGUACUCCAAGGUUCCUCUCAUCGGAGCCCGCUCCGAAUCGGCUGUCAGACUC